CUGAACAUUAUUCCACAGAUAUAUAAACCCAAUUUUUCUAGUUUCCAACCGACCUCACAACUUCUGAGGAUGAGGAAGAACUUCCUGACUGUGAGAGCCGUUCAGCAGUGGAACUCUCUGCCCUGGAGUGUGGUGUAGGCUCCUUCUUUGGAAGCUUUUAAACAGAGGCUGGAUGGCCAUCUGUCAGGGGUGAUUUAAAUGCAAUAUUCCUGCUUCUUGGCAGGGGGUUGGACUGGAUGGCCCAUUAGGUCUCUUCCAACUCUUUGAUUCUAUGAUUCUAUGCCUGCCAUAGAUGUGGGUGAAACAUCAGGAGAGAGUGCUUCUGGAACAUGGCCAUACAGCCUGGGAAACUGACAGCAACUGAGACAUCGGUUUGGUUGUUAAGAAACUUUUUUUAGUCUAUUUGGGGCAUUGUAUUGUCGAAUCGCCGAGGCUUUCACUAGAUGGCACUACAGUUGCCGGACGUCUUCGAAGGCCAAGAGGGCGGGCGAUAAAUUAUGAAGGGAAUUUCCCAGAGAAAACAAACAAAUACAACAGUCAUUUCUUUUGCCCCACAUUUGGACUUGUUUAUAACUUUUUCAGCACAGGGACGAGGGGACUUUAAGAAGAGGACUCCGAUUUUCAAGUUGCCCCAUAGCCACCUAGCAGCAGGUACUGUCAUCUGAACAAAGUGUGACCCUGCAAGCGGCAGCCUCCCACAAUGCCGACCAGCGGGAGGACCUUGGAUGAAUUUGCCGUGUCCGAGGAGGCGCAAGAGGUGGUGACACAGCAUCGGCCCCGCAUUGAACAGCUCUUUGGGGUCGAGCUGAAUGUCCUGGGGGUCUUGGGGUUGGACCAGGGCCCUGGCGGGGACCUUCCGGAGGCCAGGAAGAUCUGGUUGCAACUGCAGGGCCAUGGAGACAACCUACAGAGAGCAAAGGAAUACAUCAAAGGCCUUUGUGCUCCGGAGCUGAGUGAGGAGGUUUACUACCCUAAAGACAUGCAGUGCAUCUUUUUGGGCGCCCAGGGAUUAUUCUUGAACUGCCUCACCCAAGGGACUUCUGCUCACAUUACCUUUCUCCGCCCUGGAGUCUUGCUGAUCUCAGGUUUGGCUGAGGCUUUCGUCAUGGCCCAGAGCCGGGUCCAAGAGUUUGUGGGAAAGCACCAGAAGAACCUCAAGCUUCCAGAGGAACAGGAGGCCCAGGUCAAGCGAGCCUUCCGGGAUUUGGUGGAGACCUACGAUGACAAGCAUGCAAUGGACCUCUUGAUCCUGCCCACGUCGGUCAAAGAGGAGCUACUCAACUUGGUGAAGGAGAGUCAGGAAGACAGACAAGGAAGUGAAUGCUGGACAACACCUAGCCUUGACCAAAACUCUUCUCUAGAAUGGGAAACAGUAACUCUGGGUGGUGGCAGGCCACAAUCACCCAAAAGACCUCAGAAUACAUUUGGGUUGCCAAUGGGACUGACAAUAAUCCGAGAAGAGAGCAGAAGUAGAGACUGUAGUGUUGAAUUGCCAGCAGGUUUUGCCAGACUUCAAGAAUCUCCUCCAAAGUCCCAUGAUUUUACCCAACCACAGUGUUCUUCUAGUAGGCAUCGAAGUGCUAGGACUGACCAAGACCAAGCUUUGCCUCAGGCAUCAAGGGUUGACUUUCCCAGGGGCUUUGCUGAGGCUGAAUUGAAUGCGAGGCCUCAGGACUUCCGAUAUGGUAUGAACGGUCUUCAGGGUUGGCAUGAGACAAGUGCUUCAAGGCCAGCGCUUCCUAAGAGUUCCCCCCAACCCAUCCCAGCUGCAAGGACUACUCAUAAAACAUGCACUUUUCCUGGUUAUGCAGGUUUAACUGAGUCUUUGGAGGAUAAACAAGAGGAAGGGAAGAGUUUUCUUUGUGCAAGGGAUUCCAGUCCUGCUAGCUUGCCUGAAGAAACCUCUGAGGAGGAAGUGUCCUCAGACAUCCAGUUGUCAUCGUGGACAGAGAAGGAGUUCAAAAUGAGGCUAAACUUCUUUAAAACCAUGGGCUAUGAGGAGCGGGUGGUUAAGAAGAUUCUUUUGGAGGGCGGUGUGCGGGAAGCGCCUUCCACCAUCUUGGAUAAGGUCCACAUGGCAGAAGCAAGCCAGAGAGAUCUCGUCCUCCCCCAGAUAGAGCCUGGGGGGAAAGAGUUUCCCCCUCCUUCACCUGAAAAGAUGCAGGAUGAAAAUGAGUACAUGAGGGAGAUCAUCAGAACUGCAGUGGCCAACUGUGGUCACUCGCCUAGUGAGAUCUCCACAGAGAUACACACAGGAGCCCCACUCGCGGAUAUACUGAGGCGUCUCCAUGAGAAAGGAGAAGAACAAGAAGGUGCGACGGGAACCUCGGCAAUGAAGACAGAACAUGGUGGGCAGCCUGGUGUCCGGAGGGCAACUGUUUUGAAUCACAAGGAACCCUUGCUGCGGAAACGUGAUAAUAAUACCGAGCAAAACAGUGGGUCCCCAUUCCAUGAGGAGCCCCACGGCUUACCACCGAACCCAGUAGUUGUUGCUUUUUCUCCUGACAUUCCCUCCGCCGGUAAUUUUUUGUCUUCUACAUCAGAUUCUGAGGAGAACCAUUCCUCAGAAAGCACCAGCUUUGGGCUUUCCCACCAUGGCCCAGUGUCUACGGUAACAGGAGCCCAGCGCUUUGAGGAGGCUCUCCAGACGCAGUUCAAGCUCAAGCUGGCCAACACACCCGGGAAGAAGAACCUGCGGAUGAUCAUCAUUGAUGGCAGCAACGUGGCCAUGAUGCACGGUCUCAACCAAUUCUUCUCGUGCCGAGGCAUCGCUUUGGCGGUACAAUAUUUCUGGGACCGGGGGCACCGGGAAGUGACCGUCUUAGUCCCUCAGCACCGGAUGGAAGAAGACUCCAACGUGAGAGAGAAGCACUACUUGGUCGAGUUACACAAGCUGAGCAUCCUCUCUCUCACCCCCUCGCGCAAAAUAGACGGGAAAGGCAUCGUCCCGUACGAUGACAGGUCAGUGAAACCUUUUGCAGACCCAAUGGAGGGUUCCUAUUUCGACAUCUCAAAUAGCAUUUCUCUCCACCUUUUUGCACAGGCUCAUCUUGACGUCUCUGUUUCUGUCUCACCCAGCCUACUGCAGUACAUUUUCGUGGGGAACAUCUUCAUGGUUCCUGAUGACCCCUUAGGAAGAGAAGGACCCACCUUAAUAGAAUUCUUGAAGAAAAAUCCCAGCAAGACCAAGACUCCAAGUUGCCAUUCCUUCAGUGGCCGGCCGGCCCCCCCACCCCUCCCCAUACGUCCCACAUCGCAGACGGAGGUCCUUCAUUUACGAGACAGGAAACCACCUGGGGUUUUGCUUGGAGACCGAAGGCGGGAUCCUCAAGAUACCUCCACUGAGAAGGAGGCGCUUCGGCCUGAUGUAGAAACAGAAAGGCUCAGGAGAGACCUUCUGGAGAUCUUUGUGGACCAAGACAGGAAAGUUGAUUUUGUACUCAUGAGGGAUCCUUGCUGUCGAGACCUGAACAAGCUUUCAGAGGCACUUCUCAGCCUCACAUUCUGAGCAACUGAACAUUGUUCCACUCCAAAAACAUGGAAGGAGUACAUUAAGAUAUUUGCAUCCAAGAUAAUUUUGGAACACCAGGACUCUUGGAGUGACUUCUUUGGGGUACCGCGCUUUGAGGAGAGGGGCAGAAGAAACUGGCUGCUUAUGGUGUGGUAGAUAUUUAGCACCACUCAGUGCCUUUGACAACCAAAUCAGACAUUCCUUGGACAAUGGAUUGUGUCCCAUUUACCAGUCGAGUAGCAAAAGCUCCGUUCUAGAAAGAGGCGAUCUUAAAAGUGGCAUUGAAAUAACUCAGGUUUUGUUGUUGUUUAUUCGUUCAGUUGCUUCCGACUCUUUUUGACUUCAUGGACCAGCCCACGCCGGAACUCCGUCGGCCGUGGCCACCCCCAGCUCCUUCAAAGUCAAGCCAGUCACUUGAAGGAUACCAUCCAUCCAUCUUGCCUUCGUCGGCCCCUCUCCCUUUUUCCUUCCAUUUUCCCCAGUAUCAUUAUCUUCUCUAAUCUUUCCUGUCUCCUCAUGAUGUGGCCAAAGUACUUCAUCUUUGCCUCUAAUAUAUUUCCCUCCAAUGAACAGUCGGGUUUUAUUUCCUGAAGUAUGGACUGGUUGGAUCUUCUCGCAGUCCAAGGCACUCUCAGAACUUUCCUCCAACACCACAGUUCAAAAGCAUCCAUCUUCCUUCGCUCAGCCUUCCCUAUGGUCCAGCUCUCACAUCCUUAGGUUACUACGAGGAAUACCAUUGCUUUAACCAUGUUGGUCUUCGUUGCCAGUGUGAUGUCUCUACUCUUAACUCAAAUUACUGCAUGCAAUAAAGCCCAUUUACAAUAGAGUCUUGCUUAUCCGACAUCAGAACGUCGGAUAAACAAAAAUGUCGGAUAAUAGGGUGUCUCCUACUUUUACCUGUCCGAUGUGGUGCUAGACACCCAGAUUACUAACAACAGGGACUCAAAAAGUUAAAGCAAGACAAUGCCCCAGGGCUAGAGUGCCCCAAUAGGAAGUGCUCAGAUGUGGAAGAGGAGCAUGGGCAAGGAAAGUCAGAUGACCACAUUUUUGGUGGUACCUGGAGUGGUUUUCUUAAGGCCUCCUUGACUUGCCUUUUUCACUUACUGGGAAUGGGUUAGGGUGCACUCCUUUAAUUGAAGGGGAAAUGCUGGAGGAAAAGGGGAGCGUCGGAUAAGACGGAAUGUCAGAUAAGCGAAGGUCGGAUAAACGAGAUUCUACUGUACGUGCAGCCAAAGGUAUGCGAGAGCAAUAACCUCCUGGUGGGAAAUUUCCCUUUGUAGAGAUGUCUCUACUUAAUGGACAUUCAGUCUUAAUUUCCAUGAUCCUCUCCUGCUCCAGAGAAAUUCUGGGAAUGGUUUUGUAAGAGGAAUUUGCAGAAGGGUUCUCGGUAUCUACAAAAUAAUGUGUGUUAUAAAGUCCUAUAAACUGGAGCCCAAACUAAUUUAGAGUAGGCAAAGCUCAGAUGUAGCCUCUUUUUGAAUCUAGUCCAUGCAUGGUCAAACUUGGACCUUCCAGAUGUUUUGGACUUCAACUCCCACCAUUCCUAACAGCCUCAGGCCCUUUCCUUUUCCCCCUCAGCCGCUUAAGCGGCUGAGGGGGAAAAGGAAGGGGCCUGAGGCUGUUAGGAAUGGUGGGAGUUGAAGUCCAAAACAUCUGGAGGGCCCAAGUUGGCCCAUGCCUUGAAUCAGGGAAGAAAUCACAUACAGGACAGAUGAAGGCUAUACGAUGGUCAACGACGAUAAGCAAAAGCCAUUUCAGUUCUAUUUCUGGUUCCCCCAGAGACCAUUGGUUGACUUAUGCUUAUAUUUUAAAAGAAUUGUUUGGAUGUCA